AGAUAUCUAACAAAUGAUGGGAGUAGAUAAGUUAGGGAAUGCAACUAAUAUCCACCUUUGUUGAUCCUAUCAUAGUACUCUUUAUAUUUAGUAUUUGCGUUCUUCUGAAAAAGGAGGAUUUUACUAAUUUAUGGGAUAUGGCAUUUGCAAUUAUCUUUCACCACUGUGCUAUGCAGAGACCAGACACUGUUAAAAUUGAUGCUCAAGAUGCUAGUGGAGCAAAGAUCAAAGUUAAAUUAUCAGAACUAUCUGCAAGAGUUUUCCAGCAUGAGUUUGAUCAUUUACAGGGAAUCCUUUUCUUUGACAGAAUGACUAUGGAUGUUGUUGAGAGCAUACAUGAGCAGCUGAAGAGUCUGGAGGACAAAUACGUGGAAAUAACAGGACAAGCAAGCCCUGAAACCAUAUCAAACUACAGAGGGACAAAGGAUGUCGUUAGUUUUUCAAGAUGAUUGCGUUCUGCAAACUUUCCAAGUGCAUCAUCAAGCUGAGCUACAAAUUCAAGUGUUUGUGGAACUGUUUGUUGGUGCAUACACUGCUGUCAUUCUAGUUUUGGCAGUUUUGCUAUGUCUAGUUAUGUACAACAUUAAUGAAAUUGUACACAGAAAUUUCACUAUUUAUGAAUGAAGCAUUAUUUUCCAACAA